AUGGCAUCUGUUAGAAGAAGAAAGAUGGCUAAAUCCUCUGUGAGGAAAGUGUCGAGAAGGAAUAAAGACAAGCAAAAGAAGGUGAAUAUCAAGGGAAAUCCAAUUAUUGCUGAGAACUGGGAUUACUCUUUGACCCUCGCGCAAAAUUACAAGAGAUUAGGGUUGAAGGUGAAGAUGGGGAAGUUUGCCGGUGGAGAAGAAGCAGAUCUUACUAAAGUUGUGAAGAAGGAAGUGUACCAACAUUCAGCCUUCUCAGACUCAGAGGAUGAAUCUGGUUCAGAAUCGGAAUCUGAUUCAGAAUCCAAGGGACAGGAUGACGAGAAGAAUCCCGAUGAGUUGAACAGCGAUGGUGAGUACGACGAAACUAAGAUUCCAGAAGGUGAGGCCAGAAUUGUUCGUGAUGAAGAAGGCAAUAUCGUUAAGAUUUACUACGGUAAGAAGAAAACUAUUGAUAUAGACAUGGAUGUUGAAGAAUUAAGACGCCAGGUAGAACAGAAUGAAAACAAGACUGAAGUAGUGAAGAAACUAGAGGCUUUCGCUUCAAGACCGGUUGCCAAGAAGGAACGUUCUUUCAGUGAUAGAGAAGACCAAUGGCUAGAACAACUUUACAAGAAACAUGGAGAUAACUAUAGAAAGAUGUUCUUUGACACGAAGUUGAAUGUGUACCAACAGACGGAAAACCAGAUAAGGAGGAAGCUGCUCAAAUGGAAGAAGUUGCACAACAUCGAAUAG